AUGUGUGCGGUACAUAGCUGUGCGCAUCGCUGCGCUGCUCUCCUCUGUGCGCGCGUUCCUCUCUGCCCUUGCGCCGAUGCGCCCUCAUCCGCAAUCACUGUGUCUGCGACGCUGCGACGCUCUCGGCCAUAUCAGCGGGCAGGUAUGGGGUCAGGAUGCUUUGGCCUUCCGCUGCCGCCAACUCUUCCCCAGCGAUCUAACCCGGUGGUGGCCCGCCUUCCCAUUGGCAGGCCCAGCUACCCAGCUACCCAGCGGGAGGUAAUCAGCGUCUGGCAACGUGAAGUCGCAGCGGCGUGGGCGUGGCAUGCAGCAGCUUCUGUGCAGCCGGUGCCAGUGCCACAAGCCCGCAUUGUCUCGUCUCGUCCCUGCGACACUGCUAUCGCAGCGCUUCGACUUUGGACCUCGUUGUGGCGCCCUUCCACACCCACGUUGACGGCGACCCCUGCUCAGGCCACCCAAACCGCGACCGAGUCCUCCACGUCGCUCGCGUCCCGGUCAGCUGGUGCUCAAAUGCCGUUGCGGGCCAAUCAGCACAUUGGGCCUGGCAACGGAGAGAAUUCCAGGCGGAUUGACGUGCCCCAGCCUGGUCUCGAUCGGCGCGAGAGCGGUUCAGUGAGCGACGCAGCAGCAGCCAUCGCGAUCCGCGCGCCAUAG